CGUGCAUCCGCAAUUGCAAUCUCCAGCCGCCAACAUGAGUGGCCUCAGAAAUAUUGCAAAAGGUGGAUGGCACCCGGGAGGGAAGGGAGAAGGAGGCAAGGAGAGCUGGAGGGGCGACUUCAAAGGCGUCAAUACGGUGGCAGGAUGGAAAAACAAGGCCAUGGGUAAGAGCAGCGAUCCUGCUGAAGAUGCCCAUGCGCACGUUUCCGCACCGCUAUCAACACUGAAAGACCCGUCGUUGUUCCCUCCACCACCAAAGCACCGCGCCUACCAUGGAGACGCAGCUGGUCCGGCUAGGCCGCGAGCGACCAGAACGGAGGAAGAGGCACGGCAGAGACAAGAAGAGGAAGCAAAUAGGCCACGGCCAGGACCAUACACUGCAGAUACCACUGGACUCAGUACUGCUCAUCUGCCCAAACCGCCAGCGUUCAGGCCUGGUCAAACGCCGCCUCCAGCCGUUGCGCACUCCACGAAGCCCAGACCAAAGCCUGGUCUACCGCCUCGACUGCCACCUCGACAGAACUCCAACCCGAACGAGUAUGCGCCCGCGCCACCCCCUACAUACAAUGAGUCUUUACAAGACAACACCGGUGCAGGAGGGUACUUGAAUCAGGGCGCAAUGAGCAGGUUAGGUCAAGCAGGCGUAGCUGUACCCGGCUUCGAGAUCGGACGCAACGCAUCUCCGCCUGUGCCUCCACGUCAGACAUCGUCACCAACACCUCUAUCGCCCCCGCCUCCACCAGCUCGGAAGAGCUCGCAGCUCAGUGAGCUGCAAGCUCGCUUUGCAGGCACGAAUCCAUCUUCGUCCUCUUCGCCUGGCGCACCUCCGGCAUCUGGAACUACGUGGGCCGAGAAGCAAGCCGCCCUCAAGACGGCGAACAAUCUCCACAAAGACCCAUCUCAAGUGUCCUUCUCCGACGCGCGGACCGCCGCCUCCACCGCAAACAACUUCCGCGAACGACACGGAGACCAAGUCGCAGCGGCCCGGACCAAAGCAAGCGCCUUCAACCAGAAGUACAACAUCUCAGGGAGGAUGAGCAGCCUGGCUUCGGGGUCAAAGGCGAGCCCGCCGCCGUCGCCUAGCACGGGUGGUCCGGGGAAGAAACUUGCGCCUCCGCCGCCGCCGAAGAAGAAAGAGUUCGGUGGGACCGCGGAGCCGCCGCCGAUUCCGUUGGGUACGAAGCCGAAGUUUUGAGGGGGUUUUUGUUUGGGAAGGGGAGUUUGGCAUUGUUAGACUGUUUGAAUUGUAUACCCGUUCUUUUUCGUGUAGAUGUGGUUUGGUGGAACCUUGACUCUCGUGUGAGAAUGGAGGCCUGCCAGCAUGUGACAGUUGCUUGUCGUGUGGAUAUUGAGAUCAAACAGCAUGUAGCAUCAGGUCAAGACUUGUGCAGCUCGGUAC